AUGAUUGUAGGGUGUAAAAGUGUUAAGUGCCGAUCCGGAGCUUCAUGUCCUCCUAGUACUGGGAAAACCGCACUGAUCCAUGAGGUAACGAGUAAAGGCGAUUUCAACCCUCUUUUUAUCAACUGUCGUGAAGGACAAUUUGACACACCAAAGAGGAUAUACGAUUCAAUAUCUUCGCAAUUCGAGCCAUUUUUCAAAAAAUAUACGGAUCUCUUUAAAAAGUUAAUUGAACAAGGAGAAGUCAGUGAUAUCCAGUUAAAAGUUAAUACAUUUGGUGGGGAUCCAUUUAGUGAGAGAGUAAUUACUUCUAACGAUGUCAGUAAGUUGCUUGAUGGUAUUGGUAAUGCUCUCCCGAAUUGGACCCGCUGGGAUGGUUACAAGGUACCUCCACCCAUUUUAGUCAUCGAUGAAGCAAACAUGUUUAGCCAACUUUGUGUUGCGGAAGAGGGAAAAGUUCUUCUCAAAUCAAUUCUGAACUGGAUGGUAGUAAAUACAAAAGAAAAGGGACGCUUUCAUGUAGUACUUACCUCUUCCGAUUCAUUCUUUUUUGAUUGGAUCGAAAAUCUUUUACUUAUCCCACACGCAACCCCAUAUGUUGUUGGAGAUUUGAGCAAGGAAGAAGCCAAAGAAUAUUUUGAAAAGCAGGUUCUUCCUCGAUAUGAACUCGAAGGCAAAUUUGACCGCGUUCGCAGAAUAACGGGUACACGUAUGCUGAUUAUUGAUAGAUAUGUUAAAGAAUACCAAAAUUAUGAUGGAAAGUUUGAACAUAGCGAUUUUUCAAUUUACGAAUCAGAAUAUGAUAAGUUGAAACGUGGUCUCUAUCCUAAGAAUUUGAGAUAUUCAGAUAAGCACAAUCCACCACUUUGGAAAGAUUAUGAUUUAAUCAAAACCAUGGAAGCAAUUGUGAAGGCAGAGGAUCAAGGGUACAUUUUAGAAGAUGACUUGAUUAAAGCAAUUGGUUUUGAACAAGUUGAAUCACUUGUAGAAUAUAAUUUUUUGCACCGUCGACCAACCAUGCGAUUUGCUAAUGAUAUUGACUCACCAAAAAAAAAUCCAAUUUUGACUGCGAUGAACCAGCCAUCAGUACGUGCGAUGGAGCAAGUCUUAUCUGAAGUUACUUCCAACAAAAAAUAA